CUUCCUUUCCUUUAGAUAACCCAUUAGUCAUUUACAUAAGCUUCAACUUCAAACUGGAGCUGCGAAACGAACGAAACCAUGCAAAUUGUGAUUGUUUUCUUGGGAGUUAUCCUGUGCAGAUCGGUGGUCAAUGCCGGUCGCGGCGUCAUCGGCGAGAUUAGCGACGAGUCCUUCGAGAUGCUGAUAGCCGGUGGCUACAGGCCGAAAAGCAACCGGCUCGCCCGCCACGUGGUUUCGAUCCGAACCCAGAACUACGUGAGGCACCGGGGCGAUAACCACUUCUGCAGCGGAGUCCUGGUGAGCAGUCGCGCGGUCCUGACCGCCGCCCACUGCCUCACGGAUCGCUACAAAGCCUCGAUGAACCCGCGCGGCAUCCGGGUGAUCUACGGCCACGUGAAGCGACUGUCCACCUACACGGAUGCGGACAGCAGGAGCGUGGACCGCCUGGUGGUCCACCCGGAGUACGAGCGCUACACCAAGAACGACCUGGCCAUCCUGCGGCUCUCCAAGCGCAUCCAGAACGUCAACCGCCAAGUCCUGCCGCUGCUCAUGCGCAAGAAGGCGAACGUCACUUAUGGCGACACCUGCGUCACCCUUGGCUGGGGGCAGAUAUACGAGCACGGCCCCUAUGCGGACGAGCUGCUCUUCCUGGACGUGAUCGUGAGACCGCCCUCGCUCUGCGAGGAGCAAUUCGAGACCUUCCUCGCGGACUACAACAUCUGCGUUGAGCCCGACGCGGACGGCAUGACCUGUGCCGGGGACAUGGGCGGACCGCUCAUCUGCAAGGGGGCGCUCUUCGGACUCAUCUCCGGACACCUCGGCUGCUCCGGCGGCAGGGCCAUGCAGUUCCUGAGCUUCCUGUACUACCAGGACUGGAUUAAAGAGACGAUCAUGUCGCUCUCCGGCUGUGAACACCGAGUAACCCUGGGCAGGACCUGGCUUCUCUCUCCCUUUCUAGUUGGUCUCGUAAAUUUGUAAAAAUAAUCAGGAUCUUACAAAAGGUUACAGGAUUACGGAAAGCUUAUACGUUUUACAGUCUCGCGUAAAUUUACCAAAAGGCAGUUCGGAAUUGUUACUCUGUAAAGGAGUUUUCUACUAAUAUUACUGAAUACAAACCUUUUCGUUUGUAUAGCCUUUUCUGUACCGUAUUCCUAGUAUCAAAUAAAGCGACGAUAGAUAGUAAA